GCACUUCCAGAGGGAAGCAGUUGGGGCCAAGAGAGCAUGUCACCCGUGGGCACUUCCCUCCAUACCACCACUGCUCAGGAGAACGUUCAUUUGGAUGGCGAAAGAGAAUCGAAGCGGCGACAAAAAAGGGGAAAAAAAAAAGGAGGGUACACAAAACAGAUAAAUAGGGUUAAAAAAGAAAAAAAAUUUCUACACCUCCGCGUACGUACCUCUGCCCACCUAAGCGCACACCUGCAGAGCCGAGCUCUUAAAAGAAAAUGUUUUUCCUAAGCAGUGUGCUGUUUCGAUCCAAAAGCAAAAGGGUCCACGUGAAUUUAAUUUCCUCCUGUGCGAGCAACUACAUCUAUUCGACGUACAUCUCGCCCAGCAAGUCAAAGUUCCGCCUCUCCCUCAGGAAGCACGACCCCGUAGUUAACCGCCACGUAAUGUUCUACCAGAAGCACUCAAAAUCAAAGUCCAAAAAGAGACUCACCAUGCACGGGAUUAAUUAUGCGCGCUUCACAGGAAAGAACAAAAACCUGAGGCCCCUGCUGAAGAGGGUGGAGAAGUCCUACCUGUUUGGAAAAUUCAACAAACUCAUAGACAGCACCUACAGGAGCCUGCCAAGGAUGAGUUGACGCGUUGGGGGUGGUACCAACGGUCCGGGACGACCUCUGCAAAGUGUGCAAGUUAUGAUGAAGAUGCCCUUAAGGGAAGGAGAAGACGUGGUUGCUUCUCACCUGUGGGAGUACUCCAUGGUUAAUGUGCCACAUGUGAGCUCUGCCUUAGGGGCGCAACUCGCGUUUUGAAAUUUUCCCCGAAGAGGGUCUCCCCCCGUGCGUUACGCUGUGCUGUGCUGUGCUGUGCCAUGAUAUGAUAUGUUUUUUCUUUUUCUUUUUUUUUUUUUUUUUAAACCGCCACAACUGCCACAUCUCUCUUAAGAGCCAUAACUGCGACACACCUUUGU